GCGAAAGUGUAAAAAUGAUCCUGAUAAAUUUUACUACAUCUGUGGUGAAUACGUUCCGCAAAAGCAAAAAGUUCCUGUAACUCAAAAUAUCAAAACGUGUUAUUUUAAAUAUUUUAAUAUUGAAAUAAAAAUCUUGAUAAAUCAUGGGUUCUUCAUACAAUUUGUACAACUUGCUAUCAAGGAUUGAGAUAUUGGUUGAAAGGGAAAAAAAGUGGCAUGCGAUUUGGUAUUCCAAUGAUUUGGCGUGAACCAACUGAUCAUAUAACUAGCUGUUACUUCUGCUCAUGUCAAAUCACGGGCCAUAAUGCUCGCAAUAAGAAAAACAUCUCUUAUACAACACUUUCAUGUGCUACAAGACCUGUUUUCAUGGACCUGAUAUUCCUAUUCCUUCUCGACCAAUGAACCCUUCUUUACCAUCUUUAGACAACGACAAUCCUAUUGAUGAGAACAAUGUAGAUUUUGAAACUUAUGAAAUCGAUCCGGUUGAUGACAAUAGUCCAAAGCCUUUCAAUAAGUCUGUUUUAAAUGAUCUUGUAAGAGAUUUAGAUCUAUCUAAAGAAAAUGCAGUUACUGGGAUCCAGAUUGAAAGAAAGGGAUUUGUUAGAAUCAGAAACAACGUUUUCUUGGUACAGGCAUCGUGAAAAAGAAUUUAUUCCUUUUUUUCUAUGGUAGAUUCAUUAGUUUUUUGUAAUAAUGUAUCUGACUUGAUACAUUUUUUGAGAUUAAAGUCUUAUAAUGCUAAUGAAUAGAGACUUUUCAUUAAUUCCUUAAGAUGAAAUCUAAAAGCUGUUCUCCUUCACAAUGGGGGAAUAUAUGCAUCAGUACCUAUUGGACACUCAGUUCAUUUAAAAGAAGCAUAUGAAAACUUAAAAACACUGUUGGGAUAUAUUAAUUAUGAACAACACAACUGGUUAAUUUGCGGUGAUUUGAAAAUUUUGUGUAUGCUUUUAGGACAACAGCAAGGUUUCACCAAAUUCCCAUGUUUUCUUUGCGAAUGGGAUAGUAGAGCCAGAGAACUUCAUUAGACAGAAAAAAAAAUGGAAAGAAAAAGCUUGGAACCUGGCGUGAAAAAUGUAAUAAAUGAAACGUUAGUUGAUCCUAAUAAAAUUUUGUUACCUCCGUUGCAUAUAAAAUUGGGUCCAAUGAAGCAAUUCGUGAAGGCUCUGCAUAAGGAAGGAAAUGGUUUUAAAUACCUCUGUACAAAGUUUUCUCAUCUCAGUAAUGCAAAAAUUAAGGAAGGCAUUUUUAUUGGGCUUCAAAUUAGAUUACUUACUAAAGACGAGAAAUUUGAAAAAACAAUGACUUGUUUAGAAAGAGAAGCUUGGGUUUCAUUGAAGAAAGUGAUUCUGGAUUUCUUGGGAGACACAAAAAAGAUUCUAACUAUGAAGAAUUGCUUAGGAAGCAUAAGCGAGGAACAAGGGGAAAAAUUUCAUCAGGAUAUUAAAGAAAUGGAAAAAAGAUAUCAGGAUCGAUGAGAUAUUCAUAUGUUAGCAGAUUACUGUUGGAGUACUGAACGAGACAUUCCUGAUGUGGUUCAUAGUAAAAAGUCCAAGAAACGCUCUUUUGACUCUAUUUCUGGAUAAAUAAAAUCUUUUUUUAUUAACAUUUUCGCUUUCGUCUUCAGUAAUUGGAUCAUCUGGUCUUGCCUUCAGUGACUGGGUAGCCUUUUAAUCUUGUCUUCAGUGGCUA